CCUUCCGGUCGGUACAGCCAAUCCGUGCACAGGGAAGCGGGGCGGACCGAGAAGAGCGGAGCGGAGGGAGCUCUGAGAGCCGCUGCCGCCGCCACUGCCACGGCAGGGGCGUGGAGGGCAGGGGCGGCCCAAGCCGAAGUUGCAAACAUGGCUCAAAGCAGAGACGGUGGAAACCCCUUCGCCGAGCCCGGCGAGCUUGACAACCCCUUUCAGGACCCAGCUGUGAUCCAGCAUCGACCCAGCACGCACUAUGCUACUCUUGAUGUCUACAACCCUUUUGACACCCGGGAGCCACCACCAAGCUAUGAGCCUCCUGCCCCUGUUCCAGUAGCUCCACCCUCAGCUCCACCCUUGCAGUCCUCAAGAAAACUCAGCCCCACAGAACCCAAGAACUAUGGCUCCUACAGCACCCAGGCUUCAACUGCAGCAGCCACAGCUGAGCUGCUAAAGAAACAGGAGGAGCUCAACCGAAAGGCAGAGGAGCUGGACCGAAGGGAGCGGGAACUCCAGCAUGCUGCCCUGGGCAGCGCAGCUACUCGACAGAACAAUUGGCCUCCUCUGCCUUCUUUUUGCCCAGUUCAGCCCUGCUUUUUCCAGGACAUCUCCAUGGAGAUCCCCCAAGAAUUUCAGAAAACAGUAUCCACCAUGUACUACCUCUGGAUGUGCAGUACUCUGGCUCUCCUCUUGAAUUUUCUUGCCUGCCUGGCCAGCUUCUGUGUGGAGACCAGCAAUGGCUCAGGCUUUGGGCUCUCUAUCCUCUGGAUCCUCCUCUUCACUCCGUGCUCCUUCGUCUGCUGGUAUCGCCCCAUGUACAAGGCUUUCCGGAGUGACAGUUCAUUCAGUUUCUUCGUUUUCUUCUUCAUUUUCUUCGUCCAGGAUGUUCUGUUUGUCCUCCAGGCCAUUGGGAUCCCAGGUUGGGGGUUCAGUGGCUGGAUCUCUGCCCUGGUGGUGCUGAAGGUCAACACGGCUGUAGCUGUACUCAUGCUGCUGGUUGCCCUGUUCUUCACUGGCAUCGCUGUGCUGGGAAUUGUUAUGCUGAAGCGGAUCCACUCUUUGUAUCGCCGCACAGGUGCCAGCUUUCAGAAGGCCCAGCAAGAGUUUGCAGCUGGUGUUUUCUCCAACCCUGCGGUGCGAACCGCAGCUGCCAAUGCAGCCGCUGGGGCUGCAGAAAAUGCCUUCCGGGCCCCGUGACCCCUAACUGGGAUGCCCUGGCCCUUCCACUUGAGGGAGGCGACUAGCCCCCAUCCCUGAGGUCUCUGGGACUUUUGAGACAUCACUGUUUGAUGUCUCCACUAUAGUACCCCCAAUGAUACAGCCAUGACUGCUGAACCUGACUUAAGGGUGUGGGGAGGCCAGCGUGACCCAGUCACUGCUUCCCUCUCACCCCUCCAUCAGGCCACACUGCUGCCACAACUACACACCCGACCCGCUUCCCUCUGCUGUGCCAAGGCUGUUGCUUCGGUUAUUUAAAUAAAAUGGAAC